GUCUUUCCCCCCUCUAUCUAUCGAUCCUCUCUCCUCUUCCCAAUUUUCCAACCUUCUCUCCCACCCAUAAAAAAUCUUACUAUUCCCACAAUGGACUCCGACGACCCCGCCAACCGUUCCAAAUCAGCCAUGAUGUCCGCGCAUGAACGGUGGCCGAUAAUCCUCACCGGUGCCAUUAAUGACCUCCACCGCAGCGUCGGAGACGCCACGGGGGAGGACCGGUGCAGAGAGGGUAAGACAAUCAUCGGGGCGCUGGGAGCCUUGAAGUAUGAGUUACAGCAUAAUCGACGGAUGAUACCCCUCGACGAUGAUGAUGAUAAUGACGAACCCGCGAUCGCGGCAUCCAAGCAAGAGCUCCAGCAGCGGGGAUAUCCCGCCUGGUAUGAUGCGCCGUGGCUCUUCGCCGAAUGUUACCUGUACCGGCGCAUGAGCACCCUGUUCGCCAAGUCCCAACACUGGCAAGACUACGAGGUGUUUGCGCCGCAGAAACUAGCAUCGUUUCAAUCCGCUCAACCGGCAGUUGUCGAGCUGGCCAUCCGGGACCAGGACCAGGAACAUCGGCAGCUAGCGGCAGUCGACACGAGGGCAGACAACGACGAGGGGAUGAGGAGGAGCCCCGGACAGGCGGAGAAGUUGCUGCUGCUGGGGAUUGCCACUGUGUCUAACGACGGACAGGGAUCCUUCUGCACGCCAGAAGCAGUCGACCAGGUCGGCUACGGUCAUCCCCCGCUUUCUGAAAGGGAGUUGGGUGCUGUACGGUUUCUCUUUGGGCGGUGGAAUCGACUUCGAUGAGAUUCUCCUCCUAUCAACGGCUCUGAAGAGUUGACUUGUCUUACUUUGGAUUGGCCUUUUUUUUAUAGCACUCCGUAUAAGAUAGUUCUUUAUCAUUAUUGAAUUUAUAGAUGAAGGACUAUUUUAGCC